UCAAUGGAAGGCGGUGCGGAGACGAGUUCCGAUUGGUUUGACAGGAAGGUCAAACAGAAACUUGCCAGUCUGCACCUGACCCCCUUCUCUACUAAAUAGGCGAAUAGAAAUCAUAAAAUAGAUGAAGGAACUCAUUGGAGCAUCCUCGAAAUAUAAGAUUCAAAAAGUCGGAAACUGGAACAUUCGAUAAGAUUAAGGGUGGCAUCUUUCGGACUUUCGAACAGUUAAAGAUGCAUUUUACAAAACUGCUCUUCCUCCUGUUCUUCUUUACGCAAAUUCUCUUGAUGUAUUCUCCAGUUGGUUUAAUUAUAGUCAUACCUCUGAAACUGAAAUUCCCUCUGAAAACUCUCAUUGCCUACGGACUGUUCAAAACGGUUAAGAAAAAGUUGUUUCGAAACUUCUUCAGAUUGGCCACACCGUUUGGACUAAGGAGAACGGAUCCAUUGAAGUACAGGCAGGCAGACAAAGGUAUCAAUCACGCGCCAUCAGACGAUCAUCUUCAAGAUCAAUUAUUUCAAUAUUUGUCGGCAGAAGAUAAUGAAGGAUGCUUAAAACGUCUCGUUUGUGAAGUGCAUGCCUCUCACAGAGGAAAUGCCAUGGGAGUGGCGGAAUCAGUCAUCAUUGAUUUAUUCGGAAAAAUGUCUCGUCAACACCAAAGUCUUCCAACUUUCGAGUUUCAUCAAGCGGCGACAAUUGGACAUAAAAGUAAAGACGUACGCAUGUGUCAUCAAUACUACUCGACAUGUCCUUAUAACAGUCAGCAGCUUUUGUCCAAUAAUAAUUAUUUUCCUCUGGAAAUAUAUCCGACAUGAUACUUCCGAAGUACACGACGAACACGACACUAAUUGCCACAUGUAUAUAAAUUCUACUACGGACUGAACUAGUGGGAAGUGCCUAUCGUUUCCGAUCGAAUUUCGUUCAA